UUUCAAUUUUCCAAUCCAAUCGAAUCCAAUGAAUCCCCAAAUUUGAAUUGUAAACAGCGCCAACGCUCUUCAUCGAUGUGAAGCGAAGAAAUGUCGGCGAUGGAGAAACACUUGGUGCAGAUCUUCGAGAUAAAGAAGCGAAUCAUCGACCAGUCACGACAACAGUGCCAUCUCUGGGAGCACCACCUUUUCCCUAAACUCCUUCUCAACGGAAUUCCCCCUCCUCCAUGGCUCUGCAACUCUUCCCUUCACGCAGAUCCCCAAGAGUUCAACAAAAAUGAUGUUGUUUCCGAUGUUUUACUCUCGCAACCACAAUGUAGUGUUCCUUUCCCAGGUGUAUACAGCAAUCUGGAUGCUGUAACCUACGGUGUUCAGUAUCCAAUUGGUUUGCAUAAUGCAGGUCGUGCUUUAGAGAAGAACUGUGACGCGAGAGACAGGGUUUCAAAUCUGCCUGAUUGCUCUGUCAACAAUGUUGUGUGUGCCUCAUCAAGUGGUCCUCCUGAACUGGAUUCAGUUGCUGUAUCACCUCAGAAUCAGAUUGAAGCAAGAGCCUCAGACAGUCACCAUGACCCAGCUUUGUCUCUGGCAAGGGUGCAGAGGUCAAAGUCAAGGCAGAGGGCUCUGGAGCUACGUAAUAGUGCAAAAGCACUCAGACGAUUGUCAGGAGAAGAUACUGAUGCCGGUGUCUGUGCUGGCACAGUUGCGGGUUCUGCACCCUCAACAGAACAGGCAGAGCAUGUAAUGGAGUCAAUUGUGGUCAUAGAUUUUCAUUCCAACAUCCAAAGUUGUUCCAAGGAAGAAAUGGAAAGAGGUGAUUGUGUAUCUAAUUACUCUGGCCGGAUUACAAGAUCUAAAAGCUCAUCCCAGAAAUUCAACUCUUUGAAUGUUGCUAGUUCAUCUGCAGAGAAGGAAGAUGGUCCUCCGCCUAAUAAUUUGAAUGAGUCAUUGGAGAUAGUCAACCAACCUUGUUUCGCAAAUGGAAGUUGUGUCAUCAACGAAGCAAAUAAAGGAGAGUAUCAAAGCAAGGAAGCUGGAAAAAGUGUGUAUGAUGAGAGAUUAACAAAAUCUAGUAGUUCUAGCCAGGCAAGAUGUAACAGUCAAUUGUUGAAGGUUGACAGCACCUUGGGCAGUGGCAAAGGAGUUGAAACCUGUGAUCUUAUACAACCAAUUACACAUGCUGAACUAACAGAUUUAGAGAAAGCCUCUGAUUAUAACAAUGGAAAUGAGAGGAAUACAGUUAAAGAUGGUAACUUAUGCCUCAACAAACAAGAAAGUAACAGUCAUGGCAAGAUGCAAUCACUAAGAAGUUCCUGUCCACCAUCAGGGCAUGAUAUUUUGAUGACUGGUACUUCUGUAAUGUUUAUCUAUAAAUCAGCGCAAUCUCCUCAACCUAUAACUUCACAGAAUUUACAUGAUCCAAUGGUGUCUCAUGUUGGGUCCUUCAGUAGUCAAAAGGAUCCUGACUUUUGUGAAGUAAAAAGAAAAGAACGUUUGAGUAGAAGUGGUUCUGGAAAGGUUGAAAAAGUAUUGAAAUCUUCUGGAUCCAAUUUCUGUGAGCAAGGUACUGCUACCUGCUUUGAAUCUGCUGGAAAGAAGUCUUCCAAUUUACAGCCUACCAAAUUGGAUGCUACAAGGUUUUCUUCAAGUCCAAAGUAUUCAAAAUUAGAUAUAGAAACUGUUAGGGAUUCUGCAGAGAAGGAGAACGUUGCAGCACUAGCUGCUUCUGGAAAUACAAGGGCUGUGACUACUUGUGCAAAUGAAGGAUCAUUAAGGCCAGUGAGUUCUUCCAAUUUAGAUGGCCGGUCUUUACUUGCAGAAGUAUAUGUUGAAGCAGUGGUGGAUGAGAAAGUCUUGGAUGCCCAAGAAAAUAUACCAUCUGGUGCUUUUCCCACUGAUAAUGCUGAGCACAGACCUGCUGCGAUUGUUGGUGAAGAUAAUGCUGACUCUGAUGAAUUAGUUGAAAAAGAUCCUCCUUGUGCUAGCCCUAAGGUUGGGCUGAAUGUAUCAGUCUCGAAGAUGCCUGCUGACUUUAUGUCUGUGAUGCCUAAGAAACUUGAUUUUGAUGAUGUAGAAGAGACAAGUAUGAACGGAAUUUGUAGUCCUGAUUUGAAUGAAAGGCAACAGGGAGUGUCACCAGAAGGACCUCUGAACUUGUUGGAACCUGUCAAUGUACUUGAAAAGGAAACUUCUCCUGUAUGCCGAAGUAAGAGCAAUUCUUUGGUGGAGAUGCCUUCACUGCAAAUGCAGGAAGUACUGAUUGCAAAAGAGGGGCCUCAGAUGGAAUACCAUUCAAACCACUUUAAGGAGGAAGAUAUACCUAGGACGAAAGUAAGUGCCAAGUCACUGAAUCAUCCAAGUCCUUCACAAGUUGCUAGUGAAAAUUCAUCAAGAAGUUUGUCAAAAGAAGUCAUGCCAACAAAAUUUGUUUCAGUAGACUGUAAACUUAAAAAUGAUGAAAGUAGUGCUAAAUUGGCAGACUCUUCUUCUGAAGCAGUUACCGGAAAUGAUCUGCAUAACUACGCAGAUGAAAAUGUUGCAAGUUUCACUAUUGGGUUCCCAUUUUCUGCUCCUAUGGAUGAUGUGAACGUUGGUUUGGCACAACAGGUCCCAAAGAGCAUUGCCUUGUGUCAAGAUGGUGACUUGUUGCAGCAGGCAUUGCUCAGCAAUGGAAAAAUUACUGGUUUUUCAACUGGCUUCCAGAUUUUCAGAAGUUCCACAGAAAGUUUCACUUAUGAUGUGGAGCAUUCAUGUCCUCAGCAUAAGAGAAGGAAGAUUGAAAAUGAAGCAGAGAAAUUUCUGCCAGCCUCUUCAAACCUCUUAGAAAAACCAUGUUAUUCUAUUGACCAAAGGCCCGUAAGUAGAAACUCUGAGGUUGCCCUAGAAGUUCUACAUUUGCCAUCUGAUCGACAGGAUGACAUAGGACAUCACUAUAUUUGUAACAGCCCAACGGAUGAAGAGCAAUACAAUCGGGAAUGCGAAACAAUGGAAGACUCUUCACUUAAAGUGAGAAAAGAAGAGAAACUUAUUUUGGAUGGAAGAGACAGAAUUGAAGACACCCUUCGGUUGGCUGUGGCAAAUCCACCUGGCAUUAGUAUUGACUCAAUGAUGAGAUGCACCAUGGACGAGAAGGAGGAGUCGUGCCAUCACCUGGUUAAUUGUGGACAAGAAAAUUCAGAACUUGAGACUUUUGUUGAAAGAAGCACCUCAAGUACAAGAAUUUAUCCUGGAGAAAAUGCUAAAUUGUCAGAUGGUAUGUUUGCUUCUCCAGGAAUGCAAUGCUUGGAUUUGGUUGGUACAGAUGAGGCUUUACCAGAGUUUGAAGGGUUCAUUAUGCAAACAGUUAAUGCACAGCCAAACAUUACCGAAGAUGAAAUGGAUUUGGAAAAGAUGAAUGUUCCAAGUAACUCAAUAGAUUAUACAUCCCUUGGUAAAUCUAGGUUCAUGCAUUCUCCAUUGUGCAAUUCUUUAACUCCAUAUAAGUUGCAUAAUGUACCGGACAUCUAUCAGUCUUUACCUAAUGGUCUUCUGGAGGGCUUAGGUGUAAGGAGUUCCAUUGCUCUAAGUGAUACGAGUCCAAGGUCCCGUUCUGAUUGCCAACCAAAUUGCAAGGGUCAGUAUACUUCUUCAGUUCUAACUCUUCGGGAUCGAAUCUAUUCGAACCUUGGCAGUUCAGGAAAGUGUAAGAGUUUAAAACUAGACCUUCCCUGCAUUACUGAAGAAAAUGAAAAUGUAGAUGAGAUUGCUGGUACAUUCCAAAGGGGCAUUGCUUGUGAAGGAAUGGUUGGCUCAAACAUAAGAGCACCACUAGCUGAGAUUGUAGAUAAUGAAAACCCUUCUACAUCAGUUUUACAAGACGAUAUUUUAACAGGUGGACACGAAGAUGUUGUAAGCACAGAGUUUAAUCUCAGUGGGACUUGCAAUAAGGUAAAAAAUAAGCUUGACAAGCAGGAUGGCAAUAGGAAAAGAUUUACAGGAAAGGGGAAGGAGAAUCAUAAUAUAUCUCUUGGAGCGAAUGGUGUCAAGAGGGCCACUGAAUCAGUCCGCAAAAGGCCCAGUAGGCCAAAAUUAUCUGGAAAAGAUAUUAUGAAACAUGGCCCCAUAAACAACAUUGUAUCCAACGUUUCUUCCUUUAUUCCAUUAGUGCAGCAAAAACAAGCGGCAGCUGUUGUUACAGGCAAGAGAGACAUCAAAGUGAAGGCCCUGGAGGCAGCUGAGGCUGCCAAGCGUAUGGCUGAGAAAAAAGAGAAUGAGCGCAAGAUGAAGAAAGAGGUGAUGCGACUCGAGCGGGAAAAGUUGGAGCUGGAGCUGCAGAAGAAAAAGAAAGAGGAAGAACGAAAGAAAAAGGAGGCACAGAUGGCAGCAAAGAAGCGACAGAGGGAAGAUGAAGAAAGAAAGGAGAAAGAAAAAAAAAGGAAGCGUCUUAACGACAUUAAGAAGCAGCAGCAAGAGCAUGAGAAAAUACGUGCCAAGAAAGAGGAGAUAGAAAUAGAAAUACAAUGCCGAGCCAUGGGUGAAGAAGUCCAAGUAUAUAAGAAAUCUAUGGAUGAAAGAGAAAAUCAAAAGAACAUUCCAGUGAAAGACAGAAGAGAAGGCAAUGUGGAGAAAAUUUCUGAAAGUGAACCGUUGGUCAUGAGGGAUUCAGUAAAUGAUAAAACAAAAGAACCGCGUCCUGAAUAUUCGGAAUCUGUGAAUGAUUGUGGUAAUAAUGAAAAGGUAAUGAAGAAUUUGAUUAAAGCUACUGAAGAUGAUGACUUGAUCAUCAAGAACUCACUUCAAGAGCAAUCAUACGAAGUGUCUCCGUAUAGAGGUUCAGAUGAUGAAGAUGACGAUGAUGAUGACAUGCCAAAUAAUAAGUUUAUCCCUUCGUGGGCAAGUAGGCAUAGCCUGUCUCUGAUUGUUUCUUCCCAGGAAGUGGACCCGGAAACGAUAUUUCCUCCUCAAAGUUUUUGUAAUAUAGCAGAAGUUCUCUUGCCACGGAGGCUUCAGUUACAGUAGCAGAGCAUAGUGAUUCAGUAACACGGGAUCUUGUUAAAGAUUUUCGAAGAGCUUCAUUAAGAAUUAAGAUGUAGCCGCCAAUAAUGAAAAACUAGAUCGUUUGAUGCACCCUCAAAUCUGAUGCUUCUAACGAUCCCCAUUGUUGGAAGGACGUGUUGUUUUGUACUGUACAGUAUCUGAAGUCAUGUAUAUAUAAGACAUUUCCUCCUUGUCUCCUUUUUAACCCCUCUUGUCGCAAUUUGCAAAGCGAGGAGCUGCUAUCUUACAAAACGCAGAAUUUGGAUUACAUCUGUAUUUAAGCUUCCGUUAAAGCUGAGAUCAGAUAUGAGGAUGUCAUAAUAUCUCUUUCCAUUAAGAUCUAAGUAUUUAAAAUUUAGAUAAUAUAAUGGUAUUUUAAAUUAUUUUAAAUUUAAUGUAAUAACAUGUACAAUUAUACGGUUCAAUUUUGUAUAUGUUGGAUUAUAAUAUAUAAAAGCGGUGUAACUUA